AUGGCGGCGGGCCCGUGGCUGCUGCUGGCCGCGGUUCUGUGCGCGGCUGCAGAGCCGUCGUGCCCGGCGGGCGCGGAGCGGCGGCUGCUGGAGGAGGUGGCCAAGAAGCAGCUGCUGGAAAAGCUGAGGCUCCGCGAACGACCGCGGCUCGCCCACGCUGUGCCCCGCGCCGCCGUGGCUCGAGCCCUGCGGCGGCUGCAGGCGGGAGGCGCCCGGCGGAGCCCCGGUGUUACCGGCGAGGAGGAGGAGCAGGGCUACGAGAUCAUCAGUUUCGCGGAGACAGAUCUCACAUCUCCCUCCAGUUUGGGGCUGCAAUUCCAGUUCAGCCAGGCGCAGGACCAGGACAUUCGCAUCCUGCAGGCUCAGCUCUGGCUCUACCUGCGAGUGCCCCGGGCCAGCCUCACCCUGAGGAUCUUCCUGGCCGGUGAAGCCGGGGCCGUGACGGGGGGCAAUCGCACUCUGCUGGGGGAGAGGCGGCUGAGCUCGGCGGGCAGCGGCUGGAGCUCCUUCCCCCUCCUGCCGGCCCCGCGGAGCUUCCCCGGGGGGCAGAGCCGGAGCCUGCGGCUGGAACUGGAGAGCCACGGGGAUGGCAGCGAUGUCAUGGCACAGGUCAAUGCCAGCCGGUCCCACCAGCCCUUCCUGGUGACCAAGGUGAAGGUGAGGGAGCCCGAACACCGCGUGGCCAAGCGCAGCCUCCGCUGCAGCCAGAACUCCAACCUGUGCUGCCGCAAGGAUUACUACGUGGACUUCCGCGACAUCGGCUGGAACGACUGGAUCAUCAAGCCCGAGGGCUACCAGAUAAAUUACUGCGUGGGCCAGUGCCCUCUGCACGUGGCAGGCAGCCCUGGCAUGGCCUCUUCCUUCCACACGGCCGUCUUCAACCUCGUCAAAGCCAACAACAUCCAGGCGUCAGGGCAUUCCUGCUGCGUGCCCACGCGGCGCCGGCCGCUCUCCGUCCUCUACUUCGAUCGCAACAGCAAUAUCGUCAAGACUGACAUUCCCGACAUGAUUGUUGAUGCUUGUGGCUGUAGUUAG